UCAAAAAUCGUUUUCGUUCCGUGCUUCGUGCUAUUCUCCUUCCGAUCGAAACCGCAAUGGACGCUUUUACAUCGUUCUUCGAUUCCCAAUCUUCUUCGAGAAACCGUUGGAGUUACGAUUCUCUCAAGAAUUUCCGUCAGAUCUCUCCCGUUGUUCAGAAUCACAUCAAACUGUCUUAUCCUUACCGCAUUUGUGGGAACUUCGCUGGCCUUCGCAUGUUUCUCAGCGGCAGCUUUAGUUGCCAGGCGUAGGGAGUAUCUCUACAUUGGUGGCUUGCUUUCUUCUGGGUUGUCUAUUCUUAUGUGGUUGCACUUUGCUUCAUCUGUCUUUGGUGGUUCCACUGCACUAUUUAAGUUUGAGUUGUAUUUUGGGCUUCUGGUGUUUGUUGGCUAUGUUGUAGUAGACACCCAAGAAAUAAUUGAAAGAGCUCAUUUUGGGGAUCUGGAUUAUGUGAAGCAUGCAUUGACCCUGUUCACUGAUUUGGCUGCAAUCUUUGUGCGUAUUCUUGUUAUAAUGUUGAAGAAUACAUCCGAGAAAAAUGAGAGGAAGAAGAAGAGGAGAGAUUGAUAUUCUGACUAACCAGCUUGGGUUCUUUUCGUUUAGUAAUAUAGUUUGUGCAGAAUAAACAACUUGUCUAUAAAGUUUCUGUUUAAAUUGUUUAGCAUUGUUGUCUUCUGUUAAAAUCGUGUAAAGUUGUUGGUUUUGAGAUAGUUGAUUGAAUUUAGUUAUUCCUUUUGUCCUCAAGUUAUUCUGAGCC